CCUUCACCCCGUCAAAUGCGUGACCUCUGCCCCGCAAACGCAGCGCUUAUCGCCGUAGCCUUGACUGCGCCAAACGCGGGGCCGUUACCAACCGGCCCCAACCAGGGAGCGCGGGCCACGUCCCCGGGGAGAGCAGAGCGGAGCCGCCCACCGCAGCCCGGCGGGGAAAGCGGGUGGAAUGGGAGGCGACAGGCGGGGAAGGGCAGGCCGGCGCUGGCUGCGGGCAGCAGGGGCGGCUCCCGCCUGGCCGAGGCCCUUAUAAAGGCGCGCGGCGGGCGGCGGGAGGUGGCGGCCAUGUCGUGUGGUUGCGGACUGUGCGCGCUGCUGGUCGGCGGCGCCCUGCUGGUGCUGCUGUUGCAGCUGCUUCGGUGGCUGCGCGCCGACGGCGACCUCACGUUGCUGUGGGCGGAGUGGCGGGGGAAGAAGCCAGAAAAUGAGCUGCGUGGCAAGGUUGUCUGGGUGACAGGAGCUUCAAGUGGAAUUGGAGAAGAAUUGGCUUACCAGCUAUCAAAGAUAGGAGCUUUGCUUGCUAUCUCAGCAAGAAGAGAGGAUGAGCUGGAAAGAGUGAAAAAGAGAUGCCUUCAGAUCAGCAACUUGAGCGAUAAAGAUAUCCUUGUUCUGCGUCUUGACUUGACUGACAGAAGCUCUCAUGAAGCUGCUACCAACAGUGUUCUGAAGCAUUUUGGCAAGAUUGAUGUUUUGGUCAACAAUGGUGGACGUUCCCAACGCUCUCUGUUUGUGGAUACAAACCUGGAUGUCUUCAGUGCCAUAAUGGAACUGAACUACCUAGGCACAAUCUCUUUGACAAAACAUGUUCUGGAUCACAUGAUCCAAAGGAGAAGGGGAAAGAUUGUGACUGUGAGCAGUGUGAUGGGGAUCAUGGGCGCUCCUCUUGCCUCAGGGUACUGUGCCAGCAAACAUGCUCUGCAGGGUUUUUUUAAUUCUCUUCGGACGGAGCUGACAGACUACCCUGAGAUAAGCAUUAUCAACAUAUGCCCAGGACCUGUGCAGUCUAAGAUCAUACAAAAUGUCUUUACGGAGAAACUUGACAAGUCGCUAGAGAACAGCGGUGACCAGUCCCACAAGAUGCCAACCGAGCGCUGCGUCCGGCUCACGCUGGUGAGCACAGUCAAUGACCUGAAGGAGGCCUGGAUCAGCGACCAACCCUACCUGGCUGUCUGCUACCUCUGGCAGUACGCGCCCACCUGGGCCUGGUGGCUGAUGAACAGAAUGGGCAAGAGGAGAAUAGAGAACUUUAAGAGCGGAGUGGAUGCUGAUGCCUCUUAUUCAAGAAAGAAGAAAUAAGGAGAAAUGUACAGAAUCCUGCUGUACUCGUGCUGAGGCUGAGAAACUUUCCCAUGCUGCAUGACUGCAAAUGAGAACUUUUUUAUCACUUGUACCUUUCUCACCGUAUGACUUGACAGAUCUAUCAAGCUGUAUACGCACUUGGCUAAAUAAAGUUCAGUUUUUAAAUACA